AAACAGUCAUGUGCAUAGUUUAGCAAGGCCUGAUGCCUCUGGAGCUUUUUCCCUUUAUAGCACCAUUGAAUCCCAGUCCUAACAGAAGUACUGCGAAUCUUGUGGCCUCAUUCUGAACAAAAGGGAUUAGGGAAGAAAAAUCUCUUGAUUUAAGGCUUGAAGGCAAGGGCAGGCAAUCUUGGUUGUGAAUAUUUUCUGAUUUUUCCAGAAAUCAAGCAGAAGAUUGAGCUGCUGAUGUCAGUUAACUCUGAGAAGUCGUCCUCUUCAGAAAGGCCGGAGCCUCAACAGAAAGCUCCUUUAGUUCCUCCUCCUCCUCCACCACCACCACCACCGCCACCUUUGCCAGACCCCACACCCCCAGAGCCAGAAGAGGAAAUCCUGGGAUCAGAUGAUGAGGAGCAAGAGGACCCUGCGGACUACUGCAAAGGUGGCUAUCAUCCAGUGAAAAUUGGAGACCUCUUCAAUGGCCGGUAUCAUGUUAUUAGAAAGCUCGGAUGGGGGCACUUCUCUACUGUCUGGCUGUGCUGGGAUAUGCAGGGUAAAAGAUUUGUUGCAAUGAAAGUUGUAAAAAGUGCCCAGCAUUAUACAGAGACAGCCUUGGAUGAAAUAAAAUUGCUCAAAUGUGUUCGAGAAAGUGAUCCUAGUGACCCAAACAAAGACAUGGUGGUUCAGCUCAUUGAUGACUUCAAGAUUUCAGGCAUGAAUGGGAUACAUGUCUGCAUGGUCUUUGAAGUACUUGGCCACCAUCUCCUCAAGUGGAUCAUCAAGUCCAACUAUCAAGGCCUCCCAGUACGUUGUGUGAAGAGUAUCAUUCGACAGGUCCUUCAAGGGUUAGAUUAUUUACACAUGAGUACGGCUCCACAGCAAAAACCUAUAGGAAAAAUAUCUAAAAACAAAAAGAAAAAACUGAAAAAGAAACAGAAGAGGCAGGCUGAAUUAUUGGAGAAACGCCUGCAGGAGAUAGAAGAAUUGGAGCGAGAAGCUGAAAGGAAAAUAAUAGAAGAAAACAUCACCUCAGCUGCGCCUUCUAAUGAGCAGGAUGGUGAAUACUGCCUAGAGAUGAAACUAAAAACAGCGGGAUUGGAGGAGGCAGCUGAAGCAGAGACUGCGAAGGACAAUGGUGAAGCUGAGGACCAGGAAGAGAAAGAAGACGCUGAGAAAGAAAACGUUGAGAAAGAUGAAGAUGAUGUGGAGCAGGAACUUGCGAGCAUAGACCCUACCUGGAUAGAAUCACCCAAAACCAAUGGCCAUAUUGAGAACGGCCCAUUCUUACUGGAACAGCAGCUGGAUGAGGAAGAGGAUGAUGAAGACGACUGCCCAAAUCCCGAGGAAUAUAACCUCGACGAGCCAAAUGCAGAAAGUGAUUACACAUAUAGCAGCUCCUAUGAACAAUUCAAUGGUGAAUUGCCAAAUGGACGACAUAAAAUUCCCGAGUCACCGUUUCCAGAGUUUUCCCCUUCACUGUUCUCUGGGUCCUUAGAACCUGUGGCCUGCAGCUCUGUGCUUUCUGAGGGAUCGCCACUUACCGAGCAGGAGGAAAGCAGUCCAUCCCACGACAGAAGCAGGACGGUCUCAGCCUCCAGUACCGGGGAUUUGCCAAAAACAAAAACCCGGGCUGCCGACUUGUUGGUGAAUCCCCUGGAUCCGCGGAAUGCAGACAAAAUUAGAGUAAAGAUUGCUGACCUGGGAAAUGCGUGUUGGGUGCAUAAGCACUUCACAGAAGACAUCCAGACACGGCAGUACAGAUCCAUAGAGGUUUUGAUAGGAGCAGGUUACAGCACACCUGCUGACAUUUGGAGUACGGCAUGUAUGGCAUUUGAGCUGGCCACAGGUGAUUAUUUGUUUGAGCCGCAUUCUGGGGAAGACUAUUCCAGAGAUGAAGACCACAUAGCCCACAUCAUAGAGCUUCUAGGCAGUAUCCCAAGGCACUUUGCUCUAUCUGGAAAAUAUUCUCGGGAAUUCUUCAAUCGCAGAGGAGAGCUACGGCACAUCACCAAGCUGAAGCCCUGGAGCCUCUUUGAUGUUCUUGUGGAAAAGUAUGGCUGGCCCCAUGAAGAUGCUGCACAAUUUACAGAUUUCCUGAUCCCGAUGUUAGAGAUGGUUCCAGAAAAACGAGCCUCAGCUGGCGAAUGCCUUCGGCAUCCUUGGUUGAAUUCUUAGCAGAUUCUACCAGUAUAGCAUUCUGAGCUAGCAAAUGUUCCCAGUACCUUGGACCUAAACGGUGACUUUCAUUCUUUAACAGGAUUACAAGUGAGCUGGCUUCAUCCUCAGACCUUUAUUUUGCUUUGAGGUACUGUUGUUUGACAUUCUUUUUGUGCACUGUGAUCCUGGGGAAGGGUAGUCUUUUGUCUUCAGCUAAGUAGUUUACUGACCAUUUUCUUCUGGAAACAAUAACAUGUCUCUAAGCAUUGUUUCUUGUGUUGUGUGACACUCAAAUGUCAUUUUUUUUUAACAAAAAAUACUUUCCCCUUUGUGUUUUGGCAGGUUUUGUAACUAUUUAUGAAGAAAUAUUUUAGCUCAGUACUAUAUAAUUUACAAUCUUAAGAAAUUAUCAAGUUGGAACCAAGAAAUAGCAAGGAAAUGUACAAUUUUAUCUUCUGGCAAAGGGACAUCAUUCCUGUAUUAUAGUGUAUGUAAAUGCACCCUGUAAAUGUUGAUUUCCAUUAAAUAUGGGAUGGGGACUCAAAUUUCAGAAAAGCUACCAAGUCUUGAGUGCUUUGUAGCCUGUAUUGCAUGUAGCAGACUUUAACUGCUCCAAGGAGUUAUGCAAACUUUUCAUUCCAUAACAGUCCUUUCAUAUUGGAUUUUAAACAAAGUGGCUCUGGGUUACAAAUGUCAUUCCCUAUAUGGCACUUUACAGGAAGAAAAGACAUGCUUCUCAUUCUAAAAUUUGCAUUGUAAUUUAAUAGUCCCAUUUGUAUUUUUGCAUAUUUUUAAAAGUACUUUUAAAGAAAAAAAGAGCGAUUUCCCUUUAAAAAUGUGAUGGCUGGGUACCACAUGGUGUUGCCUCCUCUGAGCGCUGUAAGUUAAACUCUACAUAGAUUAAAUUGGAAAAAAGAAACAUGUUCAGCGUGUGGAAUGAAAAAAACCAAAAAAACAAAAACCAUAUAUUUUUGGGAAAGCACGAUCGUGUUUGUCUAAAACACAAGGUAUGGUAGAUACAUUUUGCAGUGCAGUGGGUAGAAUAUUCCUCACAGCUCAAAGGUAACAGUGAUCACAUUCAUUCCAUAGGCAGCUUUACGCGUGGCUACAACAAACUUUACUAGCUUUUGCAUUGUCUUUCCAUGAAAUGAAGUUGAGAAAAUGAUUUUCCCUUUGCAGGUUGCACAGUUUUGUUUAUGCAUUUCCUUAAAAUUAAUUGUAGAAUCCAGGACACAAACCACAGUAGGCAAUACGAUUUUAGAAUGUAAUAUAUAGAGGUAUAUUUAGCCUCUUUUAGAAGUCAGUGGAUUGAAUGUCUUUUUAUUUUAAAUUUUACAUCAAGGUGCCUCCAUUUGACUUUGUCCAUUAACAUUUAUCCAUAUGCCUUUGCAAUAACUAGAUUGUGAAAAGCUAACAAGUGUUGUAACAAUAAUCCAUUGUUUGAGGUGCUUGCAGUUGUCUUAAAAAUUAAAGUGUUUCGGUUUUUUUUUUCCCCCAGACAUUGCCUUGGUCAUUGCCCUGUAUUUGAAAUGAUAGAAUCAAUGAACAUUGGCUACCAGUGUAGUGUCACCAAAACUAAAGAAAAAAACCAACAUUCCUGUUGCAGCAUAUGUAGUUGCAGAACAUGCACUAAGGAUUAUUAUUAGGAAAACAUUUAUUGCUUUUUAAGGGCAGAAGGGAUUUAGGAGAGACACCACAGUAUAGAUUCAUUAUCUGGAAUUUCAGCAAUCCCUUUUCAUCCAUGUUUCAUAAAAAACAUACUGAUUGCAUUUUGUUUGAGCAUCAAAAGAAAAAAAAUUUUUUAACAGCAUUCACUGCGAGGGAAGAAGACAUAAUUCUCUUAGGAAUUAGCAUUAUAUCACAUAUCACUGUAAGGUAGAAUGUACCAUUCAUUCAUUUCAUUACGAAAUGUGCAUGCUAAGUUAUUUUAACAAGGCUGUAGAUUCUGUGAUAGAUGGUGGCUGUAGACUGGUGAUACUAUUCAUGAUUUCUAUUCUUACAAGAACCAUGGAGUAUAUUUACAUCCUUCCUACGUGUAAAAGAAUUUUUACCAGGGUGGUAGUGCAACUGAAUGAAGUUUGUCUAAUGCAGUUUUAGCUCAUGUUGGAAAAUAAACCAGAUUAAUUAUGAA